GAAUAUUGAAGAGUACGAGCGUCAACUCAUGGAAGCCCGAGAAGCAAUGGUGAUCGAUGCUUAUGACCAUGAAGAGGAAGGAGAGCUAAAUUUUCUAAUCCUUGAGGGCAAGGAAAGUCUCGAAGAGGAGGAGAAUGAUACGGAAGUGGUCAUCAACCCAGGCGAGUCGGAGGAUGAAGGUGGCGAUGGUCUCGAUAUUUGGCUAGAAAAUAUGUUGGAGGAGCCAUCUAGUCCUAUUUACCGGCCAUCAUGUGUGAGGGAUUGGCCAAAAGGAUGUGGUCCACGAGCUAAACUUAAGCCUAGGAGAUGCAAGACCAAAAGAGCUCGAAGGAAAGGAAAGGCGAAGGCUAAAGAAGAGAAGUGUUGGUGCAAGCCUUGUGCGAGGAAAAGGCGAGUUCGCAAGAUGGUGGCUCGAAGGGGAGGUAAGAGUAGAAUGGAGGAUGGUUGGAUUUGGCGAGCUGGUGAUU